UCUCUCUCUCUCUCCCCUUAUUUCCACUAAUAAUUCAUCUAGUACAACAGAAGUAAACCCUUAAUUUCUUGUGGGUUUUGUCUAGUUUCUUAGUUCAUUGUAGAGAUUGAUAUGAUGAUGAUGGAAUCCAACGACCGUGAAGACUACUCCAAGAGCUCAAGCGAAGAAGAGACAGAUAGAUCGGAGCGGGCCAACGACGAUUACACAGGCAUCGGACGCUCCUACGAGUGUGUGUUUUGCAAGAGAGGCUUCACUACAGCACAAGCUUUGGGUGGACACAUGAAUAUUCACAGGAAAGAUAGGGCCAAGAACAGGCCUGUUAGUAGUAAUUCAGUUGCAAUUCCUUCACUCUCAAGCAAAGUUGGUGAUGGGGAGGGUACUUUGAUCAGGUCAUCCUACUAUCCAAUCCAAAGCUAUCAACCUCAUCAUUAUAGUUCCAUUCCUAGUCAUCAGGUACAAACAAACUUUCAAGCAUUUUUCCCUGAAAUUUCUUGGGGAUUGAGAUCUUCUCAUGCACACCUUCACAACGAUGGCGAUGAUUCGUUAGUCCAAUAUCCAUAUCAGUACUUGAAUCUAUUUGGGGAGGAUCCUUGCAGGAGUCUAAGCUUGAAUAUUGGUUCAUCUGGGGCAUACGAUAACAAAUCGAAGAGAGGUGAAGAUGAAUUAGAUUUGGAGCUUAGACUUGGUUAUGAUCCUUAGCUAGCUAAUAUACUACAUAAUUAUUGGGUAUCAAAUAAGAGGCAUAAUCUUUUUUACAUAGCCAUAUAUAGUUACCGUGGAUGUGAUUUUUGCAUCCAAAGUAUUAUCCGCUCUAGGGUAUCUCCAAAGGUACCUAACUAGUUCGUAGAGGUACACUAGAGCAGACAAUACAUUGAAUACAAAAAUCGCUUUCAUAGUUACUGUAAUAUUGGAUAGAUGUGUGUUUUUUUCCUUUCUGUUGGCUUGUGUGAUGGAGCGUAUGAAUUCCAAGAGGGUUUUCCUGGGGCGAUGUCAAUCUCUUUUGGGAGUUCUCUUGGAAAUCAAGAAGAUUGUGAAGGGAUUGCAGAAUCUAUUUUCAAGUUACAUAUAUGUUGAAGGUAGUGUAUUUGUUUACUACUCUCUAGUCAAUAACCCUAAAUUUAUUUGAUUAGGGUUGUAUGGGAUCAAUUAUUUCUUGACAAAUUGUUUCCCAGUACUAU